UCUCACAGAGGCUAGAAUAAUGCCUGGCUCGCCGGCGACUAUGAAGACACGUAAGAAAAAUGAUAAGAAGGCUGAAAUCGAAGAUCUCGGGGGAGUUUUAGGGGGCUCUGGUGCGAUAGGCAUAGGUAUACGCCAUCGGCCAGAAGAAUUAGCAACCCUUGCAGCCAAAACCCGAUUUACGAGAAAGGAAAUACAAAUGAUAUACCGGGGUUUUAAACAAGAAUGUCCGACUGGAUACGUAGAUGAAGAUGCCUUCAAACACAUCUUUUCGCAAUUCUUUCCACAGGGUGAUGCAAGUCAAUACGCUCACUACGUAUUCAAUACGAUAAAGCACAAACAAACAUCUGGCAGAAUAAACUUCGAGGAAUUUUUAACAAUCCUAUCAAAUAUCUCACGCGGUACGGUAGAGGACAAGCUGCAAUGGGUAUUUGGUUUAUAUGACCUAGACGGUGAUGGGCUCAUUAGCAAGGAUGAAAUGCUGGAUGUCGUAGGCUCGAUCUAUGAAAUGCUUGGGCGUUACACAACCCCUCAAAUUAUCGAGCCCCACGUAGCGGCCCGUGAACAUGUCGACCGUAUCUUUCACCUAAUCGACGCCAACAAGGAUGGCUUCGUUACAAUCGAUGAACUAGUCCAGUGGUGUUCCAAAGACGAGCAUCUUCUGCGCAGCUUUGACACGUUGGAUACAGUCCUGUAAAGGAUCGAAAGCACAUCUAAAUUCUCAUGGACAAUAUGACGCAUUCGUGGAAG